AUCUUAUCUUCACUUCCGACCAACCUCUAAAAAGCAUACACCACCAUCGCCGGAACGAUGCAGGAAACCCAUUUCCGCUCUACCCUGUUCCUCAUAACAGCAGCUGCUCUCAUCUUUUCCGUUACCAAUUUUUCUCAAGUGGCUUCCCUGAGUUUCAACUACCCAUCUUUUCCCGACAGCACGACCCCCGAUUUCAUCAGGAACAAAUCCUACGUGGCCGGCGACGCGAUCCAAGUCACCCCUGACUACAGAGGCGACACAAUUGCAAACCAGGCCGGCCGAAUCGUCCACCGCCGGUCCUUCCGACUCCACAGAGACGGCCGCCUCGUCAAAGCGUCUUUCAACACCACAUUCGUUCUCAGGAUUAAACCGAUGACCCAGCCAGCAGGGGAAGGCCUGGCAUUCGUAUUGACCGCCGAUCCGUCCCUGCCGGCGAACAGCUCAGGGCAGUGGCUUGGAAUCGUCAACUCCACCACCAACGGCACGGCGCAGAUUGUGGCGGUGGAGUUUGACACCAGGAAGAGUUACCCUGAAGAUUUGGAUGAUAAUCAUGCGGGCCUGAAUUUGCAGAGUGUUUACUCUGUUGAGCAGGUAUCCCUGUCAGGAAUCGGCGUCAAUCUGUCUUCAGAAACUGAUGUGACUGUACGGAUUGAGUACGAUGGCACCAAUUUAACGGUGUUCUUGGGAAUAAUUCGGAUCAUCUCGCGGUCGAUCGAUCUUUCUGUUUAUCUCCCCGAGCAAGUUUAUGUGGGGUUUUCAGGUUCCACUAGUCAGCUCACGCAGUUAAACUGCAUCAGGUCGUGGGAAUUCAUCAGUUCUAAAAUUGGGGAUGGCGAUUCUAACAUGCUCUGGGUUUGGAUUGUUUCCCCGAUUCUUGCUAUGGUUUUCACUCUCUGCUCCACUACUGGGUUUCUUCUAUGGAGAAGGAGGCGGAUGCAGUUGUGGGACGACCCUAACCCAACAAUCGAAGAGGCAAUUCAGGGCUCCUCCACAGCUCCAAGGAAGUUCAAGCUGAAGGAACUGAAAAAUGCGACAGGGAAUUUCAAUCCGAAAAACAAGCUCGGAAAAGGCGGAUUCGGUACUGUGUAUAAAGGAAUCCUGGAGGGAAAAGAAGUCGCAGUGAAGAAAGUCUCCAAGAAAUCCACCCAAGGGAAACAAGAGUUCAUUUCCGAGGUCACCACAAUUGGGAAUCUCCGCCAUAGGAAUUUGGUGAAGCUGAUUGGAUGGGCUUACGAGAGGCGAGAGUACCUUUUGGUCUAUGAGUACAUGCCGAAUGGAAGUCUCGACAGGUUCAUUUUUCGUGACGACAAGUGGGUUAGCUCGAACGGACCGUCCUCAGGUCUAACUUGGGCGACUCGAAUAAGCAUAAUCGUGGGAGCCGCCCAUGCAUUGGAUUAUCUUCACAAUGGAUGUGAAAAGAGGAUUCUGCAUCGCGACAUUAAGGCUAGCAACAUAAUGCUGAAUUUGGAUUACGAUGCCAAAUUGGGUGAUUUCGGUCUUGCUCGAACCAUCCGCCAGUCCGACCAGACCCACCACUCCACUAAAGAAGUGGCAGGCACGCCUGGUUACAUGGCUCCGGAGAUUUUUCUGACCGGACGUGCGACAGUUGAGACUGAUGUUUAUGGUUUUGGUGUCCUGAUGCUAGAAGUCGCUUGUGGUAGGAGACCUGGAGGAGGUGUGAUGUGUCCAGAUGAUGACGACUACAGUAGCAACAUUGUGAAGAAGGUUUGGGAGUUUUAUCGGAUGGGUGAUUUGUUGAAUGCAGCGGAUUCCAGGAUGAAUGGGGACUUCCACGAGGAGGAAAUGGCCAGAGUGUUGAUCUUGGGAUUGACCUGUUGCCACCCAAAUCCAAACAAGAGGCCUUCCAUGAAACUUGUUCUUAAGGUUCUUACCGGAGAAAGUGAAGCUCCUGAGCUACCCCUAGAAAGGCCUGCUUUUGUGUGGCCUCCCCUACCUCCGUCAUUCAAGGAUAAAGAUUACUCCCUCGUCGGAAGCCAACUUACGGCGUUUACUGAACUCUCUGGUAGAUAAGAAUAAGACUAGCAUAGGGCCCGACCGAUUGGCCAGUGGAGUUAUAUUUUGAUUUUCUAACUUACUAUUAUGUUUGGUUUAUUUCGAAUACUUGAAUGACAUCGUAGAAACUACCCUAUUGUAUGUAGUAAUAGUUGUCUUGUGUUAAAAUGACAGACAUGUACAUUUCAUAGUUUUCAUAUCGUAUUCAUUAAUAUAUGAGCCUUAAGUAA